CAACGGGCGGGAUAUCCGCAGUAGUAAGCUAACUAAUAACAUGGCGAAGACUUACGAUUACUUGUUUAAACUACUUUUAAUCGGCGAUUCAGGCGUCGGAAAGACCUGCGUGCUAUUCAGAUUUUCAGAAGAUGCCUUCAACUCAACGUUCAUCUCCACUAUAGGUAUUGAUUUCAAGAUCAGAACAAUAGAAUUAGAUGGAAAGAAGAUCAAGCUACAGAUAUGGGACACAGCAGGACAAGAGAGGUUCAGGACCAUCACGACAGCCUACUACAGAGGAGCCAUGGGCAUCAUGUUGGUGUUUGACAUUACCAAUGAGAAGUCCUUUGACAACAUCAAGAACUGGAUACGGAAUAUAGAAGAGCAUGCAUCAGCAGAUGUGGAAAGGAUGGUCCUUGGGAACAAAUGUGACUGCAAUGACAAGCGACAGGUGUCCAAAGACAAAGGAGAGAAGCUGGCGCUGGAGUACGGCAUCAAGUUCAUGGAGACCAGUGCAAAGGCGAACAUCAACGUCGAGAACGCCUUCUUAACCCUUGCCAGAGACAUUAAAGCAAAAAUGGACAAGAAGCUGGAGGGCAACAACCCGCAGGGCAGCAAUCAAGGAGUAAAGAUUACAGAACAACCCAAGAAGAGCAGCUUCUUCCGCUGCAGGCUCCUGUGAGGAGACUUAAGUGUCGGCAUCCACCUUCGCCUUACCUGUGUCCCCCGCUGGACAGAACUGGACAGAGCACACUCUGAUCUCUCUUUUUAUUUUUCUUCACUUGUCGUCCUCUUUUUCUUUCUCUCUACUCUGAAAAAACAAAAGUUCAUGGCUCUCUUGGUUCCCUCCACAACUGUGAAUAUAACUCUGGCUUCUGUCUGAUGCUAAAUCUGAUCCUUAGAUUAACACUUCCAACUUGAUUCCUUGAGAUUGCGUUGACUUUUAAAGACACGAGAAACGAUCAAACCUUUACUAUUUGCAAUAAUGUCCGAUUCCAAGAUGGAUUCUUUCACCUGUUGUCAGUGUCUCUUGGUGAAGUCUUAGUUAUUCGAUCCUUAUCACUCAAAGUAGCCCAAAUUAUACUUCCAAAAAAAGGCUUACUUCUCCAAUAGGCUUCCUAAUUUUUGAAUAUACUCCAUCUGUUGAAUAAUGCAAGGUGAUGAGAGUACAAUCCAACCCAUUAUGCCACAUUUGUGUACUGACUUGGUGGCCUAAACUUAUUAUUAGGUAAACGCAACAUGUAAAUAUCUAUCAUUGAGUAGGAUUCACGAUGUGAAACGAUAGUGCCGACGCAUUCUUCUCACAUCAACAUUGGGGUUUACAUGUCCUCUUUCCAGCUUUUCUACUUGUGUCUCUGUUGAUUUCUUAGGCUGAAACAUUCCUCUUGUGAACACUUUAAUGUGCAAUGUGAUGUGUGUGUGUGUGUGUGUGUGGGGCCCAGAUUUAGCCUAUUUUAAGUAUUCACAUGGUUGCAGUAAGGAGGGCUCUUGACCCAAGUAUGCUUGUUUUAAGGGCACACAGAUUCCUUUUGUAGUUGCUUGCCUCAUCAGUUUAGGUAUUGCAAUUUCUAUGGAAGGUAAGAUGUGAUUGGUGGGAGGUGGGCAUUUUAUUUGAUGCACUUCAACUGGUGGACUAGCAAUACCUAACUCUGACACCUGGAGGCAAUACAGUUACACAGCAGUGGCUCAGAAGGAGUCACGGCAAUGAUGUAAUCAUUGUUUUAUGCAUUCUAACUUCUUCCUGUCGUCGGUUCCAACGGGGGAAGCGCGUACACAACGGUUCCCUGGGCCUUGGAUUGGGGCUGUAGCAGUAUUUAUGGAGUGAAACAAAACAUAGCACCAAAAUGACAAAGUGUGCUUUUAUGUUCUUAUUGAUUAUUAUGCACUUUUCCUUUGUUUGUUUUCUGUAAAGAAGAAGUUCAUUACAUGUGUUGACUGUUGCAGUCUCAAGCAAAGAAUAUUCAUGCACAAGUUUUCCACGUACCCUAUCUGGGCUUCCUGACAAUAUUUGAGCACUGAACCUUGUCUUUCGAGUUGGUAUAAUGAAAGUAUACAGAAGGCCUUUGAUUUGAUUUGGAGAUGUUUCUCCCAUUACAACGUUCCUAUCAAUUGAUAUUUCUCUUUUUCCCGCUUCUUAUGCAUUUGCGUCCCCCAUUGAUGCUUUUGGGAACCCCUGAUGCACCCUCACCCACCUAGUCUCUCUCCUCUUCCCUCAUCUAGCCAGACAGCCCAUGUCUCGUUUUGGUGCAGUAUCGUGGCCAUCUGAACUAUGCAUUCUGCAUAGAAGACCUCAAAAAGCUUUGCACGUUUGACUUGACGAGCUUUAUUUGAGAGAAAUGUGCAUAGGAUUCUUGCUGUUUACAUUUCUGCUGUCACUCCAAAUUCUAUUGUAUUUGCUGGGUUCAGCUAUUUAGGUGCAAAAAUAGGAAAUUUAUUGAAAGCUGAAAUUCACCGCUGAUGUUUCACAGUGAGUGUAAAUCAUAGCGGUGCUGAUGAGUCAUUGGAUUUAAUAUUUAACUGUGUAAUUAUUAACCUGUGGAUGUAAAUCGUUGCCGUUAACGUGGUUUGACUUUUGGGACUAUUUCGGUUUAACUGGCUCUCACAGGUUUAGUCAAUUCAUGCCUUAAUGAAAAAUGCAGUUUUUUUAGACUUGAGUUUGGCUGAUAUUUCAUCUCAAUGUCAUUUGAUUGAUUUGUAAUUCUCGCCAACUAAAAAUUUGCCCGGUCUAUGUUAGCAUAUCGUCAGCAUUCCCUAACUAAAUUUGGAUUUCAUCGCUGAUUAUUGAUGGAUUUCAUGGGGAAUAACUUAAAUAACUCAGCAAUUGUAAAUAAAGAUCUACAGUGAUUGUACUGAAGGUUCAUAAAUCUGUUUGAUCUACACAUUUUGUAGAUGUGUGUUUUGAUGAUUUAUUGAAAGAGAUUCUUAAAUAAAUGUUUUUCAACUUA